UUUUUAUUUUACAUGACAGCGUUAUUCAAAUGAUGCCGUUUAUAAGCCGUAGAAGUAGAUUCAAGAUAUAUUUUUGAAUUAUAAUGUCGAAGAAUUAUUGAAAUGAAAAAGGACGCGGAGGUCUAAGGAUAAAAAUAAGAUUUCCACUUAAAAAAUUUUGCUCUUCUUGAAAUUCUUAAUACUGAAACUGUCAAGUGAAUAAAUAUGGAGAAAAAGGGGAGGAAGACCAAAGUUGAUAGGAAAGGGACUGUGCACAAAACUACCAAAACUUCAUUGAUAAAAUCUAAACAAAGAGACAAAGAUGUAAAAAAUGCUUUUGAAUCAACAUUAGAGGAAGAUUCAAACAAUAUUUUGCACACACCCACAAAAUCUCCACUAAAGAAUGGGUCUUUAACAUCAUCUAUGAAAAUAAGGACUAAAGCCUUGACUACACCAGUUAUGCCAUUACAAGAAGUAAUAUUAGAGAAAGAUUCAAACAGUAUUUUGUACACACCUACAAAAUCUCAUCGUCCAUCAUUAAAGAAUGGGUCUUUAACACCAUCUAUGAAAGUAAGGACUAAAGCCUUGACUAAACCAGUUACGCCAUUACAAGAAGCAAGAAUGAGAUUACAUGUCAGUACAGUGCCUAAGUCAUUGCCUUGCAGAGAAGAACAAUUCAAUGAUAUUUAUACAUUUUUAGAAAGUAAAUUGCAGGAUAAUAGUGGAGGAUGUAUCUAUAUAAGUGGUGUCCCAGGUACAGGCAAAACUGCUACUGUAAAUGAAAUUGUAAAAUGUUUAAAGAGAUCAGUGGAAAAGCGUAAAUUGGACUAUUUUGAGUUUGUUGAAAUUAAUGGUAUGAAAUUAUCUGAUCCCAGACAAGCCUAUGUUCAAAUUCUAAAACAGUUAUCUGGAAAAGUUUUAGCAUGGGAACAAGCAUAUAAUGCAUUAGAAAAGCGAUUCAAUAGCAAUGUUAAAAGACCAAUGACAUUGUUACUCGUAGAUGAGCUUGAUUUAUUAUGUACAAAACGACAAGAUGUGAUAUAUAAUUUGUUAGAUUGGCCUGCUAAAAACUGUGCUCGAUUAAUAGUCAUUACUAUUGCAAAUACUAUGGAUCUCCCAGAAAGAGUUUUAAUGGGUAGAGUCACAUCACGAUUAGGUCUUACCCGAGUAACUUUCCAACCAUAUAAUUAUAAACAAUUGCAAGAGAUAGUAUUGGCUAGACUUAAAGAUAUGAAUAUUUUCAAAAAUGAAGCUUUACAGUUAAUUGCACGGUGAGCAUUAUAUUUCAAAGUGUCUGCGGUAUCGGGUGAUGCUCGUCGUGCUUUGGAUAUUUGUCGUCGUGCAGCAGAAAUUACCGAAAUACGCAACGGUGAUACAGUAACAAUACAUGAUGUAAAUGAAGCUUUGUCAGAGAUGAUAACAACAAAAGUUCAAGCAAUAAGACAUUGUUCGAAAUUUGAACAGAUAUUCUUGCAAGCCGUAUGUUCAGAAGUUACACGAACUGGUGUUGAAGAAGUUAGUGUCAUAAAUGUUUACAGACAGUUUGUUUUAUGUUCCUUUGAUGGCUAUGAAACACCCAAUAUUACUCAAACACUUGAUAUUUGUACAAAACUGGGUGACUACAGAUUGUUAAUAUAUGAAUAUUCUGGUAGCAACAUUCAUCAAAAGAUUCUAUUAAAUGUAUCAAAAGAUGAUAUACAUUAUGCAUUACAAAAAGUUGAUCUUGAUUAAGAAUAA